AUGGCCACCAUCCCUGAUAUUCCAAGUGAUGAUGGAUUUGUAGUAGGGAAAUUGGUUGGACUGGUAGUAGGGGAUGUUAUUGGAUUAGUAUUACAAAAGAUUAUUGGACUGGUGGUAGGGGGUGUUAUUGGAUUAGUAUUACAAAAGAUUUUUGGACUGGUAGUAGUAGGAAAAUUGGUUGGACUGGUAGUAGUGGAUGUUAAUGGACUGGUAAAUUGGAGAUGUUGUCGGACUGGUAAUAGGGGAUGCCUACCGACUGGUGGUAGGGAACGCGGACGGACUGGUAAAUGGAAAUAUUGUCGGACUGGUGGAAGAGGUUAUUGUAGGACUGGUAGUAGGCGAUGGUUUUGGGAAGAUUUGAUGGACUGGUAUAAUAGGGGAUAUUUUAAGACUGGUAGUGAAGAUGUUGUUGGACUGGUGGUAAAAGGUGUUGUUGGACUGAUAGAGGCGAAGGUUGUUUGA